AUGGCACCCUCAAAACCCCCCCACCGCCCGAUCAACGCAUACAGGGUCCCUGCCAUGCUACGAAAUCUCUCCUACAAGCUGGGCUCAGCGCUGUCGUCGUCGUCCGAAGUCUCCGUCAGCAAGGACAGCGACGAGUUUACCAAAGUCAAGAAGACGGAGGAUUUGUUCCCGACUACCAACCCGGCGAUUGAUGGCGACGACUGUUUGCAUGACUGUGCCAGUUGCAGCGUCAAGUAUCCUCGCAAAUUCGAAAUCGAUGAGACUGAGGAGUUGUUCGGUCAUGUGAAGGGGUUCAACACGCAUUUGCUUGUUGCAACGGGGAAGACAGACUGGGUGCGCGAUGUCGCCGACGAAAAAGGCAGUAUCAUGGAGGCCGUCGACAGAGGAACCGUAAAGCCCAGCAACGGCAAACUCAUGCUAUCCGCCUCCAACAUCCCCAUCCCAGACCACUCAGACCACAGCUCCAUGGUCCUACUCCUCCCCUCCUGGCAAUUCAUAGACAACGUAACACCCGCAAACGUCCCCGACCUCAUCACGCGCUUCGUCAACCCAGGCCCAACAAACAGCACGCCGUUGCGCCCGCACACCGCUGCGCUACCUUCCUCCACAUCCCCGGAUGAGUCUUCUUCCGGAUCCCCAUCCACACCCGAACCCGCCGCGAUACCACCGUCGCUCCCAGACACAACGCCACAACUCAAAGCGCGGCCAUGUCCGCACAAAUACCUUAUUCUGAUGUGCAGCCAGAAAACAAGAGAUGCGCGCUGCGGACAGUCUGCGCCAUUGCUGCGUAAGGAGUUUGAGCGGUUACUUAGGCCCAUGGGGUUGUACCGUGAUUUACACGAUGAGCGACCGGGGGGUGUAGGGAUAUAUUUUAUCAGUCACGUUGGUGGCCACAAGUUCUCGGCGAAUGUGAUGAUUUAUCGGCAUUCGUCGGUUGUGUCGCGGGCAAGUCAUGCGAAUGGCACGGAGAAGCAACUUGCGGAUUUGAAACUGGAGGAUGAAGAGGGCAGGGAGGUUGUGUUGGAUGCGAAUAAGGAGCAGGAGGCAGAGGGGAGGGGGGAGGCUGCGCAGUGUAUAUGGCUUGCGCGUGUGAAGCCAGAGGAUUGUGAGAAUAUCAUCAAGUAUACGGUGUUGCAGGGUAAGGUUGUGAAGCCGGAGAGGCAGCUACGGGGUGGCUUCGACAGAUGCAAACAGCUGGCUAGCUGGUAG